AUGGCGAAUGGCGUCAAUGAAGCAGAAGACGCUUCCUCUUCCGGAAAGCUUGGUUUUAUUCUCCUUGUGGUAAAAGCCGCUGGUGGACUAACAUCACAAACCGAAUCCCCUUUUAUGAAACAUUUGAUAUUGCGGGUAUUUCUAGUAGUUGCUUGUGUUCCUGGUAGAUGCUUCAUACAGUCAUCCUGGCAGAAUGAUGCAUCCAAUGUUAACGUUAUCUUCGAUGACACCGUGUUAUUUAAAGCAAAAGCUGACAGCACCAUCGCCUGUGCUGAUUCAUGCAAGAUACACACAGUAAAAUGUAGAUCAUUCAGCUAUACUUCCAACACCAAGGAAUGCCGAGGGUACGGAGAUCCUCUACAAGGAAGAGUAGAUCAGGCCAAUACGUCACUAUGGAAACGGGUAUGCAGACGAGAAGACUACAAGUACGAUCCCGCCUUCGAUACAUGCAUUCGAUUCUCCAGCAUCGGAAAGUCUUGGUUCGAGGCAUCAGCUUGGUGUAACAAUGACGGGGCAUACCUCCUAAUUACUGAUACCAAAGAAAAACAACAGGCCACUAAAUCCGGAUUGCACAGCAGUGAGUUUCGAACUCAUUUUAGAUGGUGGGUGGGCGGAUACGACUAUGAUGAUACUUCAGUUAACGACUUCCGGUGGAUAAAUGGAGAGCCAAUCAGCGACAAGUUGUGGUCUGCAGACGAACCCUCUCAUGUCAGUGAGCAUUGUGUUAAUUUGUACCCAUCAAAUGCUUCACUGAAUGACCUCCCUUGUUCGAACCAAGAAUACUUCGUCUGUCAGGAGGAUUUGUACCCAUGA